AUGCUCCACCUACUCCGCCUGAAGCUCCACCUGACUCUUCGCCUCCGGAGCCCGGUCACUCUUCAGUCCGCUUCCCGUGUCACUUUCCCCUCUGCUUCCCGUGUCACUUCCCCCUCCGCUUCCCGUGUCACUUCCCCCUUUGGCUCCCAUGUCACUCUUUCCUCCACUUUCUGUGUCGCCCCCCCAUCCACUUCCCGGGUCACUCUUCAGUCCAUUUCCCAUGUCAAUCCCCCCUCCGCUCCCCGUGUCACUCCCCCUUCCACUCCCCAUGUCACUCCCCCCUCCGCUCUUCAUGUCACUCCCCCCACUGCUCCCCUCUCCGCUUUCCCCUCCAUUCCCCCCUCCGCUCGCCCCUCCGCUCGCCCCUCCGCUUGCCCCUUCGCUCGCCCCUCCGCUCGCCCCUUCGCCUCCCAUCCCCAUCCCCCCACCACUCCCCACUCCGCUCCCUGCUCCGCCUCCCAUCCCAAUCCCCCCCCCGCUCCCUGCUCCACUUCCCCCUGCAAUACCCGCUCCGCUACCCCCUCCGCCGCUUCCCCCUCCGCGGAUCACAUCCCUGCCAUCCCCUCUCCCGCACCUGUCUGCGUACCGUUCCCUGUGCCUGUGCUCGUACUCACUCCCAUACCAGUCCCCUUACCUUUCCCCACAUUAGACCUGGUACCUGCUCCAGCACCUGUUCCCGUACCUUUCCCCGUGCCUGUUCCCAUACCUUUCCCGUACCUUUUGUCACGCCCGUCCCCGUACCUUUCCCUGUGCCAGUCCCCGUACCUUUCCCCGUGCCUGUCCCUGUACCUGCUCUACUGCGCGACCCCGUACCCUUCCCCAUGCCAGUCCCUACACCUUUCCCCGCGCCCUUCCCCGUACCUUUCCCUGUCCCGAUUUCUGGCACGAUCUUCCGCUCUCAGGUUCCUGUUCCUUUAUCUCCGCCGGUCCCUGCACCAGUCCCCGCACCCUUCCCCGCACCCUCGCCUGCGCCGACACCCGUCCCUGCACCCUUCCCUACACCGACACCCGUCCCCGCGCCCUUGCCCGCGCCGCCACCUGUCCCCGCACCCUUACCUGCGCCGACACCUGUCAACGCACCCUUCCCUGCGCCCACCCCCGUCCCCGCACCCUUCCCUGCGCCGACACCCGUCCUCGCGCCUUUCCCCGCGCCGCCAACCGUCCCGCACCCUUGCCUGCGCCUACACCCGUCCUCGCACCCUUCCCUGCGCCGACACCCAUCCCCGCGCCCUUCCCCACGCCACCACCCAUCCCCGCAUCCUUGCCUGCGCCAACACCCGUCCCCGCACCCUUGCCUGCGCUGACACCCGUCCCCGCACCUUUGCCUGCACCGACACCCGACCCCGCACCCUCCCCUGCGCCCACGCCCGUCCUCGCAACCUUCUCUGCGCCAACACCCAUCCCCACACCCUUCCCCGCGCCGCCACCCGUCCCCGCACCCUUGCCGGCCCCCGUUCCUGCGCCCGUUGA